CGAACGGUCACACUCAGCUAGCUGGCGAGUCUGACAAGUUUUGUUAUUGGCGGAGAAAAAACCAGAAUAGAAAUUACGGUGGUUUAUAAAUUCUCAGUUAAGCCGAUUUCUCAGUCCCCAUUAUUCUCUGUUCUGACCGAUCUGCGAUCGACUCCGAAUCCCAAAAGUCGAGCGGCCGUGCGUAUUUUUUUCUGUUUUUGCCUCCUCGUGUGCAACAUUCAGUGAACUAGAGCGGCCCACCGAAAAAGAUAAAAAAGUGAAAUUGCCUUUUGCGGCAAAUAAGAAAAAAUAUUAGAAAAAAAAAGAAACGAAAACAACAGUUGGUAACUAAAAUUGUUGUUUACAAUAAAGUAUUUAAGUAUAACGGGCGUCGCUGUGUGCGUGCGUGUGUGCGUGUAGUUGUUGCGCCAAAAAUUCCUAUCGGAAUUUUGGAACAGCUGGCCACAACAACAAAACGCGGCCAAGAACAAUUUAGCUGCUGCAAAAUGGGCGAUUUCGAUCUGAAUGUGGACAGUUUGAUACAGCGGCUGCUGGAGAACUUUAAAAAGCAAAAAGAGGCCGAAGAGCACGCCCAGAAGCUGCUAAUCGCUCAACAAUUGGCCGCCGCCGGCGGAGCGGCCACCGCCUCAGCGGCAGCCGCCGCAGCCGCCGUUUCCGCAUCAUCGCCCACGAUCAGCAGCAGUUACUCGGCGUUGGCGGCCUCUUUUGGAUCCGGAUACGGAUCGGUAUCGGGAUCGGGAUCGGGUUCAGGAUCUGGGACCGGAUCUGGGACCGGAACUGGGACCGGGACUGGGUGUGGGGCCAGUUACGAACCGCUGGAAGAGCUCACCGAACAGCAGCGUCGACUGCUGCAACAGUACUCGAUAUCGCCGCCCAGCGAGACAAUGAUAUCAGCCGACGGCGACCAGAUCACCGUCCAUCAUCCGCGCGAGGAGCCCAAGAAAUCCAGAUUGAAAUUGCGCGACUUUUUCGUCGCCGAGUUUGGGCCAACGCUUGACCAACACCGCCUGCCCCGAUUAGUGCGCAGCUGCCGAACGGGCAAACAGGUGCAGAUGACCGAGGCCGAGGUGCGCGGCUUGUGCCUCAAGUCGCGCGAGAUCUUCUUGCAACAGCCCAUCCUGCUGGAGCUGGAGGCCCCGCUGAUCAUCUGCGGCGACAUCCACGGCCAGUACACAGACCUGUUGCGGCUAUUCGAGUACGGCGGCUUCCCGCCGGCCGCCAACUACUUGUUCCUUGGCGACUACGUCGAUCGGGGCAAGCAGUCGCUGGAGACCAUCUGCCUGCUGCUGGCCUACAAGAUUAAAUAUCCGGAGAACUUCUUCUUGCUGCGUGGCAACCACGAGUGCGCCAGUAUUAACAGGAUUUACGGCUUCUACGAUGAGUGCAAGCGCCGAUACAACGUCAAACUAUGGAAGACCUUCACGGAUUGCUUCAACUGUCUGCCUGUGGCCGCGAUCAUUGACGAGAAGAUCUUCUGCUGCCACGGCGGCCUCAGUCCCGAUCUUCAGGGCAUGGAGCAGAUCCGGCGGCUGAUGCGGCCCACGGAUGUGCCGGACACCGGGUUGCUGUGCGACCUGCUGUGGAGCGAUCCCGACAAGGACGUUCAGGGCUGGGGCGAGAACGACCGCGGGGUGAGCUUCACCUUCGGCGUGGACGUGGUCUCCAAGUUCUUGAACCGGCACGAGCUGGACUUGAUCUGCCGUGCGCAUCAGGUUGUUGAGGAUGGUUACGAGUUCUUUGCGCGUCGUCAACUGGUCACAUUGUUCUCGGCGCCAAACUACUGUGGGGAAUUCGACAACGCCGGCGGCAUGAUGACCGUGGACGACACGCUCAUGUGCUCAUUCCAGAUCCUGAAACCAUCCGAGAAGAAGGCCAAGUAUCUGUACAGCGGCAUGAACUCGUCGCGACCCACAACACCGCAGCGCAGCGCCCCAAUGCUUGCGACCAACAAGAAGAAAUAAUAUAUCCAUCCGCUUCCAUUUCCUUAAAGGUUCAACAAACAACAGAAAUAAACUUUUACAUAGAUACACACAUAUAUAUACAUAUAAAUAUAAAGGGUUAGAGAAUGAGAGUGGCAGUAGGCAAAGGGCAGAUGAUAAAUUAAAUGUGUGAGCUAACGAUAACGAAUCCAGCUAAAUCGAAGUGCAUAAAGAUAAAUCUGUAAACACAUUGCUCGUCGAUUCCUGCAUUUGAAGAUCUGUUGAAUGGCAACUAUGACAACUCUCCCUACCAGCAGUUCCCUUCCUCCAAAUCAUCCCCGAAACAUGCAGAUAAAUAAAUAAAUUAAAAAGUACAGCGAUGUUAAGCAAUGAAUUUAUAUAUAGGCUUAUAAAUGUAAACUAUAUACAAUAUACUUAUAUAUUCAUAACUACAAGAGAGACGCGAAAUCAAACCUUAAACCGACAACAAAAAACAAAAAAGGGAAAGCUAAAGCAAAAGUAUCUGCCCACUGUGCGGCUUCUUUGGGGUUGGCACAGUGGGACAAACCGCAUGGACUAGCUAUCAAUUUACCUUUACUUUUACUUUUACUUUUUAGCCGUGCGCCGAGCUUACAAAAAUUCGCAGCAGUUGUUCGAUUUUUGGUUUUCCUCCUAUUAACUAAGUGCGCAUUACAAAUUUGUCUAACAAAAUCUUAAGAAAAAUCAAAAACCAAGAAAGCAAAUGAUAAAAUAGAAGAAACGAAACAAAACGAAACGAAAAAAACCUAUGUAUUAAGCUUAAAACAGUUCAACUCUGUGUGUGUAUUUUAUUUAUUAUUUAUCUAUAAAUAUAAAUAUAUAUAUUCUUUUUGUCAUUGUUUAAUUAAUUUAUUGCUUACACUACAUUUAUAAAAUGCAUAACAAUUAAACUCUAACAUCUAAUUUUUGUCAUUAUACUCAGUUUAAGUGGCAAAAUACUGUUAACCUGUUAAUGGGCAUUUAACAAUUGGGGCUUGUUUUUCAAUGCCUAAACUUUACCUAGAGAAACCCAACCUAACCUUAACUUGCCUCACACACAAAAGGAAAAUAAUAAAAACAAAAUACAAAAUAUUUAAUUUAACGAAUUUUGAAAGCAUUACUUCGAGUACUUGAAACACCAAUUUUUGUGCAUAUUUAAUUUAUUAAUAAGAAUCGGAUAACGAAUGUAGAAAGCCGAAUAAGUGAAUGAGUAAACGUAUGAAAAUAUAUAAGUAUAUACAGAAGGAACGAAAGAGAAAACUAAUUUUUUCAUCGUCGUAACUUAUUAGAUAUAGUGCCUUUUUUGCCUCCCAAAUAAAAUUCACAAACGAUAACGAACAUGUAAACUAACAAAUGGUUUAUACAUAUAUACAGAUCAUAUACAUAUACAAAUACAGCUAAUGACAGCUAAUUAGAAGGGCGAGUACUGCGUUUAUUUUGUAACAAUUAACGUAACCACAGCUGAUCCAAUUGAGUAUUGCUAACCUCAUUCUAUUCUGUAAACAUUAAUUUUCAAUAGGUAACGUUUAUAUGGACAAUUUAUGGAAUGAUCUUGAGGGGCUAAUUAAAAAAGAAUUUAAAUUGAUUUAAAAAUAGUAAAGUGUUUUCCAAAAGUGUAAAUAUACUUUUGUUUAUUUCUAUAAACGGUUUCAACUUAUUUGAGCAGGGCUAAUUUUAAAAAAUUUUAAAGUAAAAUACACUUUCUAUGAUUUAAUGAAAUUAUAAUUGUUUGAUAUUUAAAAACAAGCGAUUCGCUAUCUUUGCGUCCGGUGUACAUUGUGGUUUUAAAUUUAUAUGCAUCGAAAUAGGACUCGGGCGGCAAACAAGUCAAUUAUUGCAUUAGAAGUAAACCAAACAAAAGAAGCAUGAACAAAUAAACAUGGGAACUGUGAAGCGAUUUAGCAUUUUAGCUUUGAGCUGUUGCUUUCUCACCCUCCAAUUUGUUGUUAUUUCCGAUCAUUAGAAAACGCACCACCCAAUUACCAGCAUCAGUUUCGUGUGUGCGGAGGUGUGAGUUGCAUUCGCAUACAAGUUUUCACAUAAAUACACACACCUGCAACCAUACGAGAAUUUAUAUGUAUAUGUAUAUGUAUAUAUAUAUAUAUA